AUGGCUGAAGGAGUUGGUCUCUCCUUUUUGGGGAAAGCUCUGGGGGGAAUUGGAGCGUACUUGGUUGAUCCGAUCAGCCGACAGUUUGGUUAUCUGUUUUGCUUCAACACCAACAUUCAAAAUCUUGAGACUCAAUUGGACAGCCUAAAAGUGACAAGAGAAGGGGUUGAACUAGGGGUGGAUGAAACACGCAACAAUGUCAGAACCGUUGGACCUCAUCUUGAGGCAUGGCUGACUAACGCAAAUGACAACACAGCAGAGGCAGAGACAAUUAUUAAAGACAAGGCCCAAGUUCAAAAGGGGUGUUUCAAUGGGUGGUGUCCAAAUCUCAAGUUGCGUUACUCACUGGGCAGGAAAGCCGUGAAGAAGACUCGGGAACUUGCUCUUCUCCAUGCUGAGGGUAGCAACUACAUUCAGUCGUCCUACAAUCCACCACCACCAAGCACAGAACCUAUAUGUACAACAACAGAAUUCCAGGGGUUUAAUUCUCAAAAUCUGGUCAUGAACGAGAUCAUUGAGGCUUUGAAAGAUGAUGGGAUCCACUUGAUUGGGAUAUGCGGGAUGGCUGGAGUGGGCAAGACAACAAUGGCAAAAGAAGUUGCAAAAAGAACCAAAAAUCUCUUCAAUGAAUUUCCAAUGGCAGUUGUCAGCCAAGAGCCAGACCUAACUAAGGUUCAAGGGUGUAUUGCAAACAUGUUGGGUGUCAAACUUGAUGACAGUGUAAAACAAAUUGAUGUAUAUUAUUGA